GGACGUUUAACGUCAGCCCGUGACGUAACAAGGCGGUCCUACGGAAACUUAACCCCCUGAAGCCUGUGGCUGAACAGAUCACGUGAUAGGCACAAUACAGCAAAGUCAUUCAAUUCAAAACGACAGCGUAAAGUUGAUCCUCCUGUCACAUCUGGAAACCAGCGCCCCCAAAAUAGCCGUCUUAUACCAUAUCGUGUGACAUACACAUGGAACCGUGGAGGGAGGCUAAAAGAAUUGCGCAUAAGGCAUCUGGCCAGAAAAUUCCUUUACUUGUGGGUGAAAAAAACAUUUGGAAGAGUCCUUCCAUCUACUGCCAGGUGUCCCUGCUAGAGGAGGCAGUAGGAGGGAGCCUGACAUCUCGCAUACUCAUUCCCUGCUCCAUUAUUCUCGCCGCUUGCUACACUUCUGUUUUCAUCGGUGGCAGGAGGAAUGGUGGCUCUUGUGCAUGGAGUGGAAACUUAAUAUCAGAGCUGAGUGCCACAACAGGUAUGUCUUAUACAAAAUGUGUUUCUAUGCCUGGAGGAAAUAUAUUUCAUUGCAGCAGAGGAAAAAGUUCAAGGUUCAGGCUGCAGAGAUCCAUGCACAGACUCAUUUAAAGCAUCAGGCACUUCACCAUUGGAAAAAUUAUGUGAAAAUACGCAGAACCAAGCAGCGUAUGCUGUUAAUUGCGCUGGAAUUCAGAGAACAACAAGACCUUAGAAACUCCUGGUACAUGUGGGUACUACGGUUAGAGCAGCAACAGAGCUACCGUGAUAUGGACAUGCUGGCUUUAAAUCACUGGGCUGUGAGCCUGCAAAACAGGGCUUGGCUGCAGUGGAGAGAGAUUUAUGUACAUAGAAUAUCUGAGAAGAAAAAGGUUUUGCAAGCAGUAAAGCAUAAUCGAAAAUGCAAGUUACAAGCGGCGCUGAAAGCCUGGCAGCUAUACUUAUGUUAUCGUCGAGAGAAACGACGGCAUCAAAUGAUGGCUGUUCGUUUGCAUCAGAAUUUUCUAACAAAGAGAUACUUCUUAUACUGGCACCACGCAUUGGAGAAAGUUUGGAGUAUGCACAGAAUAGAAAAACAUAUUGAGGCUUUGGCUGUACGCUGCCUGCUGCGAAGGACUCUAACACAUUGGAAAAAUUACAUGAUGGUACAUUCCGAGAAUAUUAGGCUGCAAAAAGUAGCAGAAGCGUAUCACAGAAACAACAUAAUGAAAUUAGGAUUCCACGCCCUGAAAAAUAAUAUAAACCAAGUUCGCAUAUAUCAACAACAAAGUCUUCAGGCUGUCCAGCAAUACCAAAUUAUGCUUAUCCAUAAGUACUGGACUGUAUGGAAGUUACGCUUGGAACAGAAAGAGGAAGAAAAACUUUUGACAUUGACAUUAACAGCACAUGCUCAUUACAGGUCGGUGUUAAUACAGAAGUCUUUCAGGGUGUGGUUACAGUACAGACAGAAAAGGAAACUGAAGCAGGUGCUAAAUAAAACAGCGUAUAGUCACUAUGCAAAAUCCUUAUUGCCUCACAGCUUUCAAGUGUGGAGGAAACAUCAAGAACAUCAAUGGCAGAAAAGACACAUGGUAGAAAAAGCAACACAGUUUCACAGGUAUACUGUACAGAGAAGAGUACUCUUCACAUGGCAUAAGGAGUUAAGCCAACAGAGGGAAUAUCGCCUGAGUGAGAGAAUGGCUAUACUACAUUUUAACUGGAGGCUAUUAGAACAAUGUUGGUACUCCUGGAAAAAUCAGUUAGUUCUCCACAUAGCAGAAAAAAAAGGCAAUUCUGAAGCUGCUGAACAUCACAGGAGACAUCAGUUGCUAAAUGCCAUGACCAUAUGGAAGGAACACGUACUGGAGAUAAAGGCAGAGAGAGCUCGAGAGGAGAAAGCCAUACUUCACCACCGUGUGCUUUGCAUGCAGAAUGCCUGGAACCACUGGAAAUGGUUUUUGUUUCAGAGACAUGAAAAGUGGAAAAAACAAGUCAGGGCUGAUCUACACUACCAGCGCAACUUGCUUGCAAAUGUAUUUCAGGCAUGGAAACAUUAUCAUAUUAGUGUACAGGACAUACUGCAUCAGGUGAAGGAGAAAGAGAAGCAAAAAAAUGAAUCUUUCUUGCGAGGUGCACUGUGUAGCUGGAGGAAUCAAGCAUCUGCUCAGGUUCUGGAGAGAAGGCAGGAAAGACUUGCAAUUAUUCACUACAGGGCUACAACUCAAAUAAAGGUUGUUCGGGCAUGGAGAGAUUCUGCAGCUGUGCUGGCACAUUGUAGGCAGAAAAAGGCAGAGGAAGUGAAAGAGGCAAUGCUUUUUCUACAGAAAAGAAAGCUUCAGUGUUUCUUUAUGCACUGGAGGCAACUAAGUUACACAACAAGGGACCUUCGUGUUAGAAUGGAGGCAGCCGCAACGCAUCAUGUAAAAAAUUUGCUGAAGAAUUGCAUGACAAAAUGGAAAGCUUAUCGUGCUCACUGCUUACGGAAAAUGCUACUCCAGCGUCAAGGAGCCUGGUUUGCAGAACAGAGACUUAGCCGAAAUUGUCUUAGACAGUGGUGCCAAAUGCUGGUAGAAAAGCAACAGCAGGACAAGAAGACUGUGAAAGCUUUAUGGAACUGGUCCCUUACACUGCAGGGAAAGGUGUUUGAUGGCUGGCUAUCUUAUGUCUGUGAGCGUCGGCGAAAAAAGGAUCGCAUUGUAGCAGCGGUAGAACUGUAUCGUGCAGAUCUACUGCAAACUGGAGUGACCAGAAUCCUAAAUUAUGCAUCUGGCAUGAAACAAUUCAGAUCUCAUCUGAACACUCAGCACCAAGUAAAGGAAGUGCAGAUGCAAAAUGCCGCAGCUCGUCGAUGUGCCAUAAUCUGGAAGGAGAAGGUCUUCAGAAGGCUCCAUCAAAAAACUUCUCAGAAGAGGGUGACUUUCAGUACUUCGAAAGCUGAUUCAUUAUCUACAGAAGAAGAGACCUAUUCAACAAAGACCUCAAGGGAAAUAAUGUGUGCCGUACCCUUGACUAGUGGGGAGCCCACGCUAAGUGUAAUUAGCAAGUUGCGAGCAGAGAGAACAAAACCCCGCAGCCCUGAGUUCCUGCUGCAGUCACUGGAGAGAGAGGGACUACUGAAUGCUGUGGUCAGCAGCUGCAACACAAGAAAAGAUUCAGACGAAGAGUCCUUGGCCUUGAAAAUGCCUCUACAGAAAGUCCAAGCAACAAAUCCUACCAAACAACUUCCUGGUCUGCCUCUGCAACACACAUGCACUUCUUGUGUAACAAAGGAGUCCGCUGCUGCAAUUCAGCUUCCUCCUACCCUAGGUUCUGCAGCAUCAUCAGAACCUCAUCAGUUGAUCCCAAACCAGGCUUCAUCUUGUUCAACACUAAUGCCUCCAUCUUCUUUUGUUCCUCUGGUUCAAAGCAAGAUAGACAUAGCAAAAAGUGCUCUUCCACACAUUAGAGAACAGCCUCAGAUAAAGAACCUCUCCAGCACAGAAUUCUCCGAUUUUUCAUGUCAGCUACUGUCACCAACUGAUUUCCUUCAAGGCAUUGGGCCCCAGGCCCAAAGUGGUACUACUGCAAUUCAAAUGGGAAAAAGUCCAGAGAAACCAAAAGAGAGCAAACAGACUGAUACCCUUAAAAAUGAACUUCUAGAGAUUCAAAGAAUUAUGCAGCAAUACCAAGACCAGAAAGAGGAGCUCAAGGAUUGGCGCAGACAUGCAGGAGUGCUACGCAGGUGGCUGAAAACCAGUGACCAUGUGCUAGACCCUUAUGAACAAUCACUCAGAAACGAAGUGCAGACUGAACUGCAGCAGCUCGAAGUGAAGAUUGAAGAGCACUCACAGCUGCUAAUCUCAAACAAGAGACAAAUGCAGCUUUAUAUUAGUCGCCUUCAGGAGAUCAGAGCAUCAAUGGACUUAUUGUUAUAAUUUUCUGUAACACUUCAUGCCAAAGUCUGCAUACUUUUCUAUAAAACUGGAACAACUUUCUAUGAAAACCA